AUGCCUACCCUCGUCGGAAUCAACGGCUUUGGCCGCAUUGGAAGAAUUGUGUUCAGAAAUGCUGUUGAGCACGACGAUGUCAACGUUGUUGCAGUCAAUGAUCCCUUCAUUGAACCCAAGUAUGCUGCAUACAUGCUCAAGUAUGAUUCCACACACGGCCAAUUCAAGGGUACCAUUGAAGUCCAAGGCGACGGUCUGGUUGUCAAUGGCAAGCCGGUCAAGUUCUACAUGAAGAAAGACCCUGCUGAGAUCCCUUGGUCCGAAACGGGAGCAACCUACAUCGUCGAAUCCACUGGUGUGUUCACCACCACAGAAAAGGCCUCUGCCCACUUGAAGGGUGGCGCAAAGAAGGUAGUCAUCUCCGCCCCCUCUGCUGAUGCCCCCAUGUUCGUCAUGGGUGUCAAUAACACCUCCUACAAAUCCGAUAUCCCGGUCAUCUCCAACGCUUCUUGCACAACCAACUGUCUGGCACCUCUAGCCAAGGUCGUCAACGACAAGUUUGGCAUGAAGGAGGGUUUGAUGACCACUAUUCACUCUUACACCGCAACCCAAAAGACCGUCGAUGGUCCAUCCAACAAAGACUGGCGAGGUGGCCGAACGGCUGCUCAAAACAUCAUCCCCAGCAGCACUGGUGCUGCUAAGGCUGUCGGAAAGGUCAUUCCUUCUCUCAAUGGCAAACUCACUGGCAUGUCUAUGCGUGUCCCCACCUCCAAUGUCUCCGUUGUUGAUCUUACCUGCGUCCUCGAGAAGCCUGCUACCUACGACGAAAUCAAGAAGGCCAUGAAGGAUGCAUCCGAGGGUGAACUCAAGGGCAUUCUCGCUUAUUCCGAAGAUGAUCUCGUCUCCACCGAUUUGAACGGUGACAACCACUCUUCCAUCUUCGACGUCAAGGCCGGUAUCGCUCUCAAUGACCAUUUCGUCAAGUUGAUUGCCUGGUACGACAAUGAGUGGGGAUAUUCCCGACGUGUUAUCGAUCUCUUGGCCUACAUGGCCAAGGUGGAUGGAAAUGCCUAA